AUGGAGUCCGCACAACCUCAGCAGGCUCUAACUCAAUCUGAGGAGAGAGCACCCCUAUCUCCGUCUGCCCAGCUUGAUCUCGCUAUAACUCUUACCCUCUAUUCAUGGCCAUCUCUUACACUGGCCGUGGAAUCAUCCUGGGGAGGACCUACUUCGAAGAGUAAACGCGAUUGGUUUUGCGGUGCUAUUGCGGAGUUAUUCAGCACUCAUCCCGAAACAGAUGCACAGGACCUAGAAGACGUUUUGAUACAGGUGAUGACGGAUGAAUUCGACGUGGUUGUGGACGAUGGAAGUGUGAGCAUAAUCGCGGACCAGAUUUGUGAAUUGAAAGCAGAGAUCGAAAAGGGAAAAUUUGACCGGGUCGAGGCAAUGUGGGAGCAAUUCAAAGCGGACGAGCAGAAUGGAGGUAACAAGCUACCGACCAACAUUAUCAACAGGGUUGGAGUCAAUGGCGACGAUGACAGCAGCGAUGAUAAUGAUGGUUAUGAUGACGACGAAGAUGACGAAGAUAUAGAUAUGGCAGAUGCGCCAGCGCCUCGAUCAGCUCCAAAGCAGCGCGAAGAACCCGAAGUUGACGAAGACGGGUUCACCAAAGUCGUUAGCAAAAAGAAGAGAUGA